AUGUUGUCGACUAGAGGUAAGAAGCUCACUGGAAUUCUCGAUGAGCCAUGGCGAGCCCUACUCGAUGGAAAAACCGAAUACGAUGCGCAAUCAAACCCAUCUGGCUUGCUAUCAUUGAGCACAGCGGAGAAUCCAUUGAUGCACGAGGAGUUGACCGCAUAUGUUAAUAGCAAGCUCCAAUUCGACAAGUCAGUGUGGUCGUAUGGCUCCAGUGCGGGUGGUGGUAAAAAGUUUCCGGCUGCUAUGGCAGGUCAUAUCAACAGAUAUUUUGACCCGUAUAUGCCCGUGAAGAGUAGCGAGGUACUUGCGACCAAUUCCAUUCCCUCGCUGAAUGAGCUACUUGCAUUUACGCUGGCAGAUGAAGGGGAUGGGAUCUUGAUCAGUCGCCCGAUUUACGGGAGAUUCAAGUUUGAUUGGGGGACCAGGCCAGGGCUCGAAUCAAUCUAUGCGAAUACGGAAGUACUUGAGGGCUUCACUCCGGCGGCCGUGGAAAAGUAUGAAGAGGCCUUACUUGCUGCUAAAGCUAAAGGCAUAAAUAUCCGUGUGCUGAUAAUUGUGAAUCCUCACAAUCCACUUGGACGCUGUUACCCUCGCGAAACCAUUGUCGAAAUAUUCAAGUUCUGCCAGAAGCAUCACAUCCAUCUGGUUAGCGAUGAGAUAUAUGCGCUCUCCGUUUUCGAUUCUGGUGAAAGCGAAGCGAUGCCAUUUAUCUCUACUUUGAGCAUUGACCCUAAAGGAUUGAUUGACGAGAACCUCCUCCAUGUCAUGUAUGGGAUGAGCAAGAAUAACCCUUCGGGACUAUCCCUAGACAUCGCAGCUAUGAUAUUGGAUGAUGAAGAAUUUGUGCCGAAAUACCUCGAGAGCUCUAGAAAGCAGUUAUCUGCCUCCUACCACUUUGCAACGAGGCUUCUCCGAAACCACGGCAUUCAAUACCUGCAGGGAUCAACCGCGGGAUGUUUCCUCUGGCUGGACCUUUCCAGAUAUUUACCACCCAGCACCCCUUCUAAUCCUAUGUCGCAGAAAGAGAAAGAACUUGCUGUAGCAAAGAGAUUGGUCGAGGGCGGCGUGUUUAUCCAUCCUAGCGAAGAGAAUGGAAUGGAGCCAGGAUGGUUCCGACUUGUAUACACUUAUAGUGAAGAAACCAUAACCGAGGGUGUAAGAAGGUUGAACAAUGCCCUCAAGUCCUUGCCAUGGAUGUUGGUCGGGGUGGGAGGAGAAAAACUAUAG